CUUUUCCCCCCUUUUCAUUUCCUUCUUCAUCAAUCAGAAUUGAGAAAUGAUUUCGGUUUUUUUCUCGAAUUGAUUCCCACUCUGUGUAAACAACAACUACCAAAAAAAAAAAAAAUGCUUUAUGGUGAAUUGUAUUGGGACUUUUGUGCAGAGCAAACGAGGAUGAGCAGAGAUCAUCCUCCUGAGCCUCUUGAUUUCUUCAUCUGGACUGUUGAGGAUGUCGGGUCUUGGCUCGAGGAGAUAAACCUUGGGGGCUACCGCCAGAUUUUCAAAGAAAAUGGUGUCAAUGGAGAAUAUCUAGAAAGCAUGUCUGUGUUUACAACCGAACAGAUCCUUCACUUCAUAAGGAGGCAUCACAUGAAGUGGGGAGACUUCAUCACCCUCUGUAAAGAACUCAGAAGGAUUAAAGUGGCUUGCUUGAAAGGUGAGCAAAGAGUCCGACGGCCGUGGUGGGCACCGUCUUGUCUCUCGGUAGUCUUUGUUAAGGCAGCUAAACGCAACCGACAGUCUCGUGUUGUAUCUCUAAAGCUUGAAUCUUGACAUUAAACUUUGGCUGUUUAUGUACGUACUUGUCUCUCUUCUCUUCUCUUCUCUUAUUUUCCUUUUUUUUCUUUGGUUUGGGUUUGUUUGUGGCACAUGCACUAGGAAGAAACAAACUCAAGCCAAAAAAGCUGUUUGGCUUGGUAAAAUCUUGCAAGGGAAAACAAAAUUAUGCGUUUUUGUAUUUUGGUGUAUACAAAGCUUUGCUCUCAGAUACUUAACUGUGGCUUAUGCAAUAUUUAUGUGACAGAGUCAGAU